AUGGCUUUUUCCCAACUGGGCUACCAGUAUAUCCGGCCCAUCUACCCGACGGAUCGCCCAGGGAACGGCAGCGGCGGCGGCGGUUCCCGCAACGGGGCGGCGGAUCUCAGCCCGUCCGGGAGCCUCUCCAACGUCCUCUCCACCAUGUACGGCGCGCCUUACGCGGCCGCCGCGGCAGCCCAGGGAUACGGAGCCUUCUUGCCCUACGCCACCGAACUGCCCAUCUUCCCGCAGCUGGGGGCCCAGUACGAGUUGAAGGAGAGCCCGGGGGUCCAGCACCCGGCCUUCCCGCACCACCACCCGGCUUUCUACCCCUACGGGCAGUACCAGUUCGGCGACCCGUCGAGGCCCAAGAACGCCACCCGGGAGAGCACGAGCACCCUCAAGGCCUGGCUCAACGAGCACCGCAAGAACCCCUACCCCACCAAAGGCGAGAAGAUCAUGCUGGCCAUCAUCACCAAGAUGACCCUCACGCAGGUCUCCACCUGGUUCGCCAACGCCCGACGGCGCCUCAAGAAGGAGAACAAGAUGACGUGGGCGCCCCGCAGCCGCACCGACGAGGAAGGGAACUCCUACGGCAGCGAGGACGGCGAAGGGGACAAGCGGGACCCGGACGAAGAGGAGAUCGACCUGGAGAACAUAGACACGGAUAAUAUGGAGAGCGCCCCGACGGGCGCCAAAGGAGGGGGAGGCGGAGGCGGCGGCCAGCUCCUCUUGGGAGGGGAGCUGGAAGAGGACUUGGACGACGACGACGAGGACGACUCGGAGCUCCCCGACGACUCGGGCCUGCUCCACUCCGACGCCAAAACCACGGACUCGGACGCCUCCGACGGCUUGGAGGACUUGGCCGCCCCGGAGAGUUUCUUGAAGGCCAUGGAGGCCCGGCAGCGAGCCUCUGCGGGAGAACUGCCCUCGCCCGGGGCCCUCCGGCCUCACGCCUCGUCCCCCCUCUCCCCCUCGACGGCGCCCAGCCCGGCUUCGCAAGCGCAGCAGCCGCCGCAGCCGCCGCCGAAAUCUCCUCCCGGCGGCGGCGGCUCCCCUCCCGCGGCGGCCCCCCCGAAUUUGCAGCUGGUGGCGGGCGCCCACCCCACGCCCACCGGGGGCCCGACGGCGGCGCACAGACUCGUCUCCGCCUGCCCGCUGGGCAAGUUCGCCGGCUGGUCCGGGCGGGCCUUCUCGCAUCACCCCCACCAUCACUCCCACCCCCACCCGCUCGCUUUGCUGAACUCUCCCCACCUCUUGGGACUCGGGGGGGCCAACACCGGCGGGGCCCCCAACGCGGCGGCCCUCGCGGCUUUCUCCAGGCCCGCCGACCAAGCGCAGAGCACGGAAGCCUCCGGAACAGAUCGAUCUAGUGCCUUGGAAGUAGAGAAAAGGUUAUUAAAGACCGCUUUCCAACCGGUUCAGAGGCGGCCUCAAAACCAACUUGAUGCAGCUAUGGUUCUAUCUGCGUUAUCAUCAUCCUAGUUAAUUUUUUUUUUAAUUAUUGUUCCAAUGACUGUAAAAUAAAAUUCUCUGUAUAGUUAACUUGUACGCAUGCCCAUGUAUUAAAUGAAAAAAAAAAAGACAAAAACCAAGGGGGGUGGGGAAACUACUGUAC